AUGGGAAUGCAUGCCACGAAAGAGAGGGUCGGGUCUGAUCCAUCAACCAUCUACUCAAUAUCCUUGUACGAGUCCACAAUCACUACACGAGAUGAACCUUGGUUUGGUGAAUUGAAGUUGGCCUUAGGUCUAAUAGGACUCUCAGUUAUUGCGCGCGAUCGUAUCGAGGUGCUCCCGCCGGUUGUUGGAACGACGCGAGCCAGGUUGGGAAAGAACGGCGAAGUCCAUCCGAACCGUCCAAUGAAGAAUAAGAGGAGAGCAAAGCGCCAAUGGCGCGCGAAGCGCAUGCGGAACGGGCACAAAGAAAAAGAAGUGUGGAGGAGAAGCAGCCGAGCUCAUUCCCUUCACUUCCUGGGCCCAAAGCAGUGUAGUCUUUCCUGGCCAAAUCAAGGAUUGGGGGCUUCUUGCUACGCUACUUAA